CAGUUUCGCUAAUCAAUAUCUCUCAGCCGUAAUCGUUGAGUCGUGCCUCCCCUACAAUUUCGUCAUCAUCAGUAGUUCUAUUGGUGCUCUGUCCUCUACUAUAGUCCCUUGUAUUGAGUAGUACGUUGGCCCCAAGUAGCGGGGACGGUCGCUUUCCUAUCUGAGCAGCACCCUACAACUUCAAUUAUUCAAAAACGCGAGACAGUUUUUUGCAGCGUUGUGAGUUGGAUUCUGGAGAAAUAAUUUGCACCUUUAGAUGAAUACCUGUUCGGUAAUUAUUGUGGCUGCCGUGAGACUAGUAGCACCUUCCGACUACAGACCUACAUUCACUGCCUCAAAGUCUAUUGACCUGCCCAUCCUCAAAACGCUGGAGGAAGUCAACCAGCACAAGGAACUACCUCAACUAAUGGAUAUCUAUGAAAACUACAAAAAUUUCAUCAACUAACAGAUAAAUCCAGGCGGAUGAAUGGAGACCGCCUCCGUUCCUGUGCUGGCUCCCGUGGCGUCCAUUGAGGACCUAAGCGACGGCGAGUCGCCCCCGGGUCGGAUGGGUGACCGUGACCGACUGGCUGCUCCGGGGUCGAAGGCGGGGGCUGGCGUUGCUCCGCCCCGCAUUGACAUCUCAAGGGCGUCAAGCUCCUCCCACCACGACGACUCCAGUCCCGAGCGGGAACUGUUUGCAGGAGGAGAAGGAGGAGGAGGCGUUAAACUAGGACUAGGAUUCACUGAGGAGAUGGCGCUGGAACUGAGGAGUAGUACGGAGGAGCUGGACUUCCACGGGCCGCCAGAAGUAAGUGAGACAAGACAAAGACGACGAAAGUUGACCCAACAACACGCGUCGACGAAGUACGAGCUGGAGGCGCAGAGCGAGAAAGAGAGAAAAGACUCGGCUUGCAGCGACAUCGGACUUCUUUCAAUCAGCGGCCGCACCAGUCGACUCUCCUCCAUCGGCUCAGGUGGAUCAGCCGCGUCCGGCGUUUCAGGGGCGAGUCACGUGUCAGGGGGCUCCCACCUCUCAGCCGCCUCCCAGCUAUCGAAGACGUCGCGGUGUUCCUCCCCGCACCGCACCCUGCUGGAGACCUCCUUCUGCGGCCCCAAGCCGAUCCCCACCCUCAGCCUGGAGACGGACUAUCCGCCCGGGACGGAGAGUGUGGAGGCGGCGCUCUUGGCGCGGACGACCGACCCCACGGGAGCCGUGCUGCCUCUGGAGGAGGUUGGCAACAUCAUCAAUGGCAUACAGACCAUACAAAAGGCGCAGCAGCUGACGCAGAAACAGGAAACUGCUGAACAGGUGAAGCCAGUUCAGAUGCAGCAUCAACCACCACCCAAAGUGGUGCUUCACCAGACGACAAUCGACCUGGAGACGGAAACGCAGACGAAACCACCAAAACCGAAGCCAAAGCACAAGCGACGGUCGAGGCCCAAACUGGCUGACAACAACGAGUUGACGCGGAUCAUCCCGCUCCACUCCGAGGACAGCAUGGAGACCGAGGAUGACGCAGUCGGCGACGGCGAGCGAGGCGAGUCUGAUGCCGAGGACCGGCCCUACACGCCGCCCGAGAAUGGCAUCUACAUUCCUCUCAAAGGUCCCGAUCCAAUUCUACCACCCAAGAAACACGAGGUGGAGCGACCCGUGAGGCGAACCGAAUCGGACAGAGUGAGAAAGCUGGAGCCCGAGCGAACGAGGAAGAAAGAGGAGAGAAGCAGGAAAGAGUCGAAAAGCGAACGGGCCAAAUCGAAAUCGGCGCGAUCGCCCGUUACACCGCAACCGAUCAAGCCUGCUCGCCAACUCGACGAGAGCGAACUGUUCAAAAUAAUUCCCUUGCACGGCGAUACUCCGCCUCGACAGGGUAGUUUCGAAACGGAGGAGGUGCCUGCUGCUCGGUUUGUGCCAUGGAACGAGGGCAACUCGUUGCCUUCGCCGCAGUCCACCCUGUCAGGGAGGCGCAGUGCCGAACCGGAAGUGGGUCGCAGCAAGCCGGAAGUGGGUCGCAGCGAACCGGAAGUGAGUCGCAGCAAGCCGGCUACUCUUGAUUUGGCUCGUCUGGAAGUCGCCAAACCAGGAUCGGGUACCUUGGAUCUGGGUCGGACGUCGAAAUCGACGGGAUCGAUGCGGGAUGGGUCCCGCACCCCUUCCCCCGCCGCCUCACUCGGACGGGGUUCGCUCUUCCGGCGCAGCUCCGAGUCUUCCGGCAGCACAAAAAGCAGAACUUCCAAUUCUGCUGACUCGAAAACUAGAAAAGAUUCUAAAAACAAAUCUGUGUUCACAUCGUUGUUUAAGAAAGGUGGAAGUGGAAAAGAACGAGAAUCGACGAGGAGAAAAAGCGCUGAAUCGGAAAGACACGUCAGUCUGGAUCCGAAGAUCACCAAUGUCGAAUUCACGUUUAGUCAGGACAAGAAACGACAGGACACCGGUCCAGACGCCAUUGUGAUACCGCUGCACUCCCCCGACAGCAUAGCGGAGCCACUGAUGAUCUACGACCCGGUUUCCGGCAAAAUGAUCAGCACCCGACCCGAAGAAGAGCUGGCUGAGAUGCAGAAACAAUACCAGCCGAAACCAGUUGAGGAGAAGGUUGUGGAAAAAGUAGUGGUUGCUCAGUCGUUGGAGCAGCCACCUGUCAAGGAGACUCGGUCGAAAUCGGCUCCACCGGGAGGGCCUCCCGAGGGAGCGAGUCCUCGAUCUAAGGAUGUGCCUCCUCCGAGGAGGAAAGAGCAGCCUCCGUCGCCUCCCAAGAGGAGGUUCAAGGAGACUCCAGCAGCGAGUGCAGAGGCGGGCAAGCGAGAUAGCGCAGUCAGCAAAACGCCCUCGUCGGCUGAUGACUCAUCAUCGAUGACUAGAACGUGGAGUGGCGCCGAAGGCACCAUCAUAGUGGCCGCUGACGUCAUCACUCAUUCUGUUGCAGAGGAGGAGCAGCUACCACCCCCACCACCACCUCAGGAGGCGGCGGAGGAGGAGAUUCACCACCCUCAACAACCACUCACACCCACUACCAACACACAAACAGCAACAGACGACGUCGACAUGUUGCAGCCAGUAGCAGCAGCCAAGGCCCCGCUACUGGCCGCCACUACUGGCUCCGACGAACGCAAGUCGUCUGAAUCUGAACCGGACUCGGAUGCUCUGCCUCUGCCGCCGCAUGAAAAUGGCGCCGACGAUCAGGAGAAGAAGGGCCUCGUGCACCAGCCGGACUCCAUUGAGGACGAACUGCCUUAUGUGCCCACCACACUGCCUCAGGAACGGUCUUUAGCGCAUCCCAUGAUCCCAAUCAAGCAGCGCGUCUCCGAAGUGAAAACCUAUCCGAUCGAGAGGCCCCGUUCGACCACGCCCAUCAACCCAUCGACGCUGGAUGACUACAUCACGCCGCAUGAUGAGUCGUCAGCCGCCUGUCAGUGGGACAAGAUGCAGAUCACACUUCCAAGGACCGACUCAAUAAAAAGUGAAAGCCGCUCAAGGAGUCCAAGCAGUGGCAAGUCACGAGUAAGGACACCAGCCAGAGCUCCCCCCACCCCGCCUCCCAGUCCACCCCCACUCCCGCCCCGCGCCACAGCUGCCUGGGUCAGUUUUGAGGAGGUUCCUGAGCGCCGGAGGCCACCCAAACGCAUCACCACUCUCCCCUCGUCAGCUCCCCCCUCGGGGCACACGCAUGCGCACACAGUGCUCAGCUAUGUCAAUCCGGAAGAGUGCAGUUGUGAGUGCCAUGACGUCACGCAUUCUGGUCCUCCGAGCCGGACGGGCAGUCGGUGUCAUGACAUCACUCAUACAAUGACGUCAUCUGGCAAGGGUGGCAGUUGUAGUGCAGGUACUCCACGUCACCGGCCUGAUUUGCCUGGUGUUGAAACGCUGCGACGUGACAAAUCAAAAACAAGAAAUUAUAGGACAUAAAAUUGAAUUUAGGAUGCAAUUGAGAUGAGUGAGUACGGUAGGCCUAGUGGUUUGGAGUGUUGAAGUUUUAGGUUUCAUACAAAAUUAUGAGAAUCUUUAACAUAUACAUAGUGAAACUAUUUAUCCAUUCUAUGAAUGGAUAUAAUGAUGAAUCAACCACCUAUAAACUAUACAACAUGUGAAGAGUUAUUGGCAAUACCCUUGCUUUUCUCUCAAAUGUAUAACUACAAUAAUAUACUAUAAAAAUAUUAUUUUUUGUGUAUAAAUCUGGAAAUUUUGCUGUAUAAUAAAAAAUAAUACAUCCUUUUCAAUCUGUAUAAUGUUAUAUCUCACUGACUCAUAUCAUUUUAAUAUUGUAUACCAAUACCAUUAUCUUUGCAGUAUGUACUAUAAUAUAGUAGUGUAUAAUUUCAACAACCAUAGUCCAGUGUCCAGCUUCAUCACAUUUCAGGUGGAUUAUUGUAAAGCUACAAUGAGUUCUUCAAUUCAAUCCCCAACCAUCAGGCCUACUAAAUUUCUCUAUUUUUAAGUAAAAUUUAUCCAUAAGGUGAUUAUUACCGCCUCUUGCAAUUUCCACUACAGACUGUUAUUAUUGAAGAGAAUUGCUAUUACAUAUGUGCUUUCAAGACAAAUAAACUGAAAUAAUCAAUUGAAUGGAUGUUUAUAUUAAUAAAUUCAAAUCUCAAAAAUUUUCAUUCAUUAUAUUGGUGUGUUCAAAUUCGAGUAUGUAAUAUUCCCCUAACAAUAAAGUAAUGGCUACAUUACUUUAUUAAUGUGUUUAUCACUGAUAAAUGUAAAUCUGUGUUAUGCAUUGUAUAGAAAAUAAUCAUGACUUAAUAAUAUUUCGAAGAUUAUAAUAUUUAAAUGAAGUUUAAGGAUUCCAUUCAACUGUUCGGUUGAGGUUGUUCAUCUGUAGGUUACAUUAGAUAAGCGCUAAAUAGUUUCAAUAAUAAUUUUAAUAAAAUAAGGCUGAUGAUGCAUUUUUGUAAUAAAUUAGAGCAUUAUUGUUGUUAGAAUAUUCAAAUCCCCUUACUUCAAUAAUAGUAAUAAUUUUAUUGAUCAUUACAAAAUGGUUCACAUAACUUAUAAUAUAGGUAGACUUAAUAAAUUCUAAUCAAAUACGAGUUAAAAAUAAGUUUGUGAAUAGUAAAAUAGAAUGAGUUUUGACCUUCAAUCUUGUGAGACAUCAGAGUAAUAUUUUUGUUCAUUGUUAGGAACAUUCAAUAUCAGAUAAUUGACUUAUUUUGCAUUGUUCUAUGAUCUCGUGUGAUUUUGAAUGAAAAAUCAUUCAAUGUGGAUGAACUAGCUUCAUAAAAUAUUAAAAAGGUGGUUAUACAUUUUGAAAUUUCGAUUAAAAUGAAGAUUCGAGUAACAUAAUAAUAAAAGUUGAGAAAUAUUUUUCUCUAAAAACUAAUAACUAAUGUAUAUUUCAUAAAACCUAUCAUAGAUAUUUCAAUUUUGAUUCAAAUGAGAUUUUUAAAACGUCAUACCGAUAAAUCUAAAUGAUUUCAUUCCGAAUGGUAGAAUGCUACUUCAUAUUUUUAAUAUUCUUGCAAUUCUCCCAAUUGAUCACUUUUAUUACCGUACAGUUUUUUAUGUACAGUAUAUUAACAUUUCAAAAUUCCCAAUUAAUUUUUGAAAAGUACAGUAGACAUACGAUAUUUCGUUUGAUAGAGCAUGAUUGACAUGUUUAUCAUGUCUGAGUACAUCAUACUCGACCCUUUUCUGCAAGAGCCUCAGAAUUUGAGAUUAUUUUUCUCAAUCAAUGAAUUUCAACUCACCUUUUUCACAUUAUUCCAAUUUCUACCUUUAUGAGGUAUAAGCUGUUACAGAAAUGAAUCCGUGUCAUUACUUGAAGUGCCUUGUUUAUCAAUAAUUUACUAGUGAAGUAACUUUACUUGUAUAGUGAGCAAUACAUGUAUAGUUCUUCAUUACCAUUAAUAAUAAUGGAGAUAAUCUCUAGUAAAAAUUUGAAAACAUACGUUUUCUCAAUUCCUGUUUAGUUAUCUCUUCAGAAGAUACCUUAUCCACUGACCUUGACAAAUAAACAGCAAUAAUUAGGCAAAAAAUAUAAUCGAAAAGUUGGUAACCCGCUUACAAGUAGGCUAUAAUGCUGGAUAAGAGAAGUUCAGAAUGAAAUAAAUGUAUGUGAAAGUAAUUAAUUAUCUUUUCCAUAUAGAUAAUUAUAGAUUUGCUUACAACUUAUUUUAUGUCAUCCACAAUUGAUUCAUUUUUUAGAUAACUUACUGCUCAUAUCUUCAACUUAUCAGCAUUGAAGUAUUCGUGAGAAUAAUGAACUGAACCGUUAUUAAUUGUUAUAAGUUGAGUAUUUAUGAGAUUGGUUGUGUUUUAGACGUUAAUAUAGCUUGCAAUCAGUAUCUUGCCUUUAAGUAUAAAAUGUGUUUAGACCUCGAAAUAGCUUACCUUGAACCAUUUAUGUUUACUGUUGUUUACUUAAUUUUCCGAUGAGUGACUACUGACUAUAGCUGCCUAUUUCUGUUAUAUUUUGCAUUCAACCUUCUGUUUGUGAUGUAUCCUUGAUUACCCCUUUCUCAUUAGUUACCACCCCUUCAACUGUUGCUAAUUUGAACCACUUUCCCAUUCUACUAAAAAAAGUAGUUACCCUAGAUAACUUCUUAGUAUCCAUUUCUGUGUAGAAUGUCUGUCUGUCUAAAUCAUAUUAAAAAUGUAAAUAACACGCUCAAUAUCUUCAUUUCUCAUGUUGUCUUGUGCUAUAAUAGCUAAUAAUAAUCUUGAAAAGUCAAUGCAUCUUAUUGAAUAAUACAUAAUUAAUAAUUUUAUAAUGUUCAUCAACUAAACUGACAAUCAUUAAUUUGAAAAUACUUGUUUAAUGAAUUGAAUUUGAGGAACAAAAUAUUUCUCAAAAUAUGGGUCACUAUUUGUAA